AUGGGUCUCAUCAAGAUUGCCGUCGCUGCUCUCGGCGCCAUCAGCGCAGUCACUGCUCGUGUCGCCCAGCCAGUCGCCGCUGUCGACACUGUCACCUCCGAGUCGAACCACACCCUCACCGCCACUCUCUUGCCGCGAGACCCUCUUGCUCCCAAUACCGCCACCUGCAAGAGCUACAAGAUCGACAACUCGCGCUUCUACGUCCUCAACGUCGGCGUCCCACCACCAGCCGACCCCGAGUGCCACGACCUGCUCCGCGAGAUGAUUGUCUACGUCCUCAUCAACGCUGGCUCUGGCUUCGCCUGCUCUCGCAUCGAGGGCGACCAGACCUCUCUGCAGUUCGAGACACCAGACGUCCUCGACAACCAGCGUAAGGACGACCGCAACAACGAGCAGCUCGUCAACGCUCUUCAGCACGUCUUCCCGACUGUUCCCUUCUGGCAUGAGGGCAUCUGCCACUCGGGCGAGUACCCGCGUCCCAACUACUGGACCGGCGACCCAUCCAACGCCAAGCGCGCUCUCGAGGAUGGUCGCGAGGCAAAUGAACAGAUGGUCUUCACUGACUCCGAGUUGGCCUAA